AUGGCCUCCGGCAUGACUGACAAUCAUUCUCAUCUUGAUCGCAGCGACGAAGAACAUGCACCCGUCUAUCGUUCCUCCUCCAGCUAUAACCCUCUUCAUACCUUUCAAUUGCCUUCUGGCCAGGAAAGGCACUAUCAACAACAAUAUGGCGAUAUGUACUUCUUGCGACUGGCCAAGUUAAAACCGGCAGUGGAGGAAAUUGCGGUUGAGACAUGGGAAGGUUUCAGUAUUGCCGGGGAGCAUGCUCGUCGCGUGGAAAGAGUGCUCGAUGUAAGGCAAGGAGAGCUUUGCUGGGUUGCAGGCACAAUCUACAUGGACUUGCCAUUGAAGCCCAAUAUUUUGGAUGACCUGACGAAAGAGAACUUUACAUUAGCCCCUCCCCCUCGUCCGACUUAUCUUGAUCCUGCCCACCCCGAAUUAACACAAACCAUGCUAGAAGAUGAGUCAGGUCGCCUGCGAUUGACUGGGAACACGCUUAGAUCGACCCAAUUGGCUACAGGAGCUAUAGUUGCCGUGCUCGGGACUGAGAACUCGAAUGGAGACUUUGAGGUUAUCGAUGUAAAGGUACCUGAUCUGGCUCGUCAACCCCGUCGGUGGGAGAGGGAUGAAAGGCAGUCUUCCCAGAAAGGAACCGACAAAAGCAAGAUUGCUUUUGUAAGUGGUCUUGGGACAACGGGAACAUCGGGCGAUACACUAUCUCUGGAGCUCUUAACGGACUAUCUCCUUGGCUAUACAGGUUCACAAUCACCAGUGAAUGAUGAGAGUGCACCCCCAGAAGCGUCUGCAAUUACGAGGCUUGUGAUUGCAGGAAAUUCUCUCGGUGCAAGCAUGACCACCGACCCUAACGAAGAUGCAGCUACUUCAAAGAAGAAAAGUGGACCAAGGAAAUAUGGCUAUGAUGCCUCUGCGUACAAUGCUUCGCCGAUUACCCAGUUCGAUAACUUCCUCGCCGAGAUUCUACCCAGUAUACCUGUUACCCUUAUGGCAGGCGCAAGCGACCCAGCCAAUUUCUCACUACCUCAACAGGGUAUCCACCGAGCUAUGUUCCCGCGAUCUAGGGCAUAUUGCUCUAACCCCACCACGUCUGCUGGAGAAAUCCCAGAGCCUGGAUGGUUCGAUAGCGUCACGAAUCCAUGGGAAGGUGACAUAGAGGGAUGGCGUCUGUGGGGUUCGAGCGGCCAGAAUGUCGACGACGUCCUUCGCUAUCUAGAUUUUGCGAAUUCGAGUGGUGCUGUCGAUGCUAAUGGGGAUGCCGAGGCCAGGGUUAAAAUCAUGGAGGCCAUGUUGCGUUGGAGAUGUGGCGUCCCCACCGCACCGGAUACGAUCUGGUCCUAUCCAUUCCAAACACACGAUCCUUUCGUGAUGGAAGCAUGUCCGCAUAUCUUCUUCGCUGGUAACCAGCCACAAUUCAAGACCGCGGUGAUAGAAGGCGACACUCCCUUGAAGCUGACUGGAACCGACACCGAAAUGACCGGCACAGAUGAAAACACGCCUGGCCCACGAGUCCGUCUGUUAUCCAUUCCUACGUUCAAGGAAACCGGCGAGCUGGUACUGGUUGAUACCGAGACGCUAGAGGUAGAAGUCGUCAAAUUCGGCACAUACGCGGGGCAGCAGGAAAAGCAAUGA